UUAGGCCCACUGAACAACAAAGCGCUCAGUCUUUUUCAUCAUGUGCAUUCAGGACUACAAUAAAGCUAAUUGAAUUUCACAACUUCUUCAGAAUAUCCGCGUUAUAACCUUCACCGGAGUUUCGUUUGGGAUUUUGAUUGGUUAGAACUUCAUACAGCAUUUCCAUCGAUCUUUUUUUCCCCCAUCCCCCUGCUCUUUCUGAAGAAAGUCGAGAAACCGAAAGUUAACGGAAAUAUUAGCGCUAUUUUCCGCGUCCCGUCACGUCAACGUUUAGUCGGUAAUGAAGAACCGCGACAGCCCCGCUUCCGCCUGGAAGGUGAAGGUGGAGGCGCUGAAGAGGUUUCUCGUGUGCGCUGUCGCCUGCACCUGUGCGGCCGUGAUGUAUAUACAGUGGACCUACAUCUGGAUGCUCAGGUCUGAAAUGGCUGAAAUAACUCGUCGGUUCGGGCCUCUGGACACAGCCAUGAAGGAAGGUGGGAUAUGCUGCGAUUCCGCCUUGUGCUACGGGGCUACAUCUUGUUAUAAGGUGAGCUGCUAUCACGAGAGACGGACACGCGCUGAGGGCAGAGACAAGAGAGAUGUGUCAAAACAAAGGAAACAGAGAAAGAGACGAGAAACAGAGCAGCACACGUUUCUCCAUCUGGUUCCCGUGUCUUCGCAGUCAUACAAUGAUCAUGACACCACUGUUCUGUCUUGGGCCAUAGGGCAGAGCAGAGGGGAGGGGCUUCAGGUUUCGGGGGAUACCGUAACAGUGGAGACUGAGGGUACCUACUUCAUUUACAGUCAGGUGCUGUAUAAAGACACCACCUGGGUAAUGGGUCAUGUGAUCACGAAGAGGGACAAAGGGGCGGAAACUAAGCUCAUGAAGUGUUUAAAAAGCAUGCCCAGGAACGUCAGCCAACCACUCAACACUUGCUACACAGCUGGAAUUUACUUCCUGGAGUCUGGAUCCACUCUUCAGCUCUCUGUUCCGCAUAAAUCUGCAGAGCUCAUCCUGACAGCUCACGCCACCUUCAUGGGCCUCUUCAGCAUAUGACACA